AUGGUUGCGGCCUUGGCGGCGGGGCCUGCGGAGUUUGCCGAGAUUUUCACCAUGCCCGGAGCGUCCUUUAAGCUGGAGCUGACAGGUCCUGGGCUGUCCCACAAGGACCGCGCCCUUUUGCGCGACUCCAACAGUGGAUGCCCUGGACGAUCUGAUGCGGCGGCGUCUGAGAAGCGCAAGCACUCCCUCUCCGUUGCCAGUUCUGUGUACAAUCAUGGCUUCUACGAGCCGUCACCGCUGGUGCACGGGGGUGGUCCCACUGUGGCUUCAGACAACCAGCCUGGCUGGCUCAAAGCCAGCUGGUACCCCGUGCAGCUUCGAGACCGAGGCUCCUUUCGAAUUUGCUAUUGCGCCUCCUCAGAAGAGGUGGAAUUCGUGCAGAAUUCAGGCAUUGUCCUUGCACCCAGCGAGUCGCCUUGUGACCUGGACGCUGCUUUGUACAGAUAUGUUGGUGUGGCCUACUCCAUGGGCAUCAAGCACAGUGAGGAGCCCAUCGCUGCAUGCCUGGUAACUGACGGGUCGCUGGGAGACUGCCGCCUGACCAUCCAUUCUGACCGAGGCGGGCUGUCCGCGGAUGACUCCGCGGAGCUGGUGGCGGGCAGCCGCGAGGAGAUCUGCGGGGAGGCGCAGAGCAGCGCCACGCUGCUGCCGCUCAUCGGCAACGCCUUCGCGUUUGACUUCAAAGUGCCGCCCGGCACUCCCCUAGACGGCUUCGCAACAUCGAGCUUGGACCAGGGCGUUCAGCGGCUUCUCAAGGUCUGCUACUGCGAGAAGACUGGGGACUCUGUUUGCGGCAGCUCGGAUUGGCAACACGCGGGUGCCCUGUCGCUGGUCGGCUUUGGGGGCAGCUCAGUGCCGGAGGUGCGCUGCUACAAAGGCCAGCGCUGCCGCCUGGGCCGCGCGGACGCCUAUGGCAUGGUACAAGGCCGCGACGCCGCGGUGGCGGUGCCGGGCAACGCCAGCUGUUCCAACGUGGAGGCACUGCAGAUGGGCACGCCAGCCACCGUCACACUGCUGGGCAGCACUGCAGUGGUCACUCUGGAUGUGGAAUAUGACGGGGACGUGGCGACGGUGUGCUAUUGCUCUGCUGCGGUGCACAAGAUCUUCAGCUGUCAGAGCGGGCCUGGCCGUGUGUUUGAUACGCUCAUGGGCUACGUGCGCUCAGGGGGAUUAAAUGGAGGCCUUCGCAUGGACUGCGUGCCCACGGCAGCAGCUUGCCCAGAGACCCCGGUACUGCUCACAGGCAAUAAUGCGGAGGUGGCAGGCCGAGGCAGCCUCUUCAUUGCCGAGCUCAAGUACCGCCCCUGCGAGGAUCUCACGGCUGCGGAUGUCACAGAAGCCAUGCUUGUGCCUGAGGGUGCCGAUGUCCGCGUGCAGAUGCCGUGGCCCUUGGGCUCCGGCCGCUACGCCUUGUGCUUCUGCGAGGGCUCCAUCGGCUGCCCGGGCCAGAGCCGCCAGACCGCCUCCCUGCAACACGUCGGGGAGCUGAGGGUUUUGGGCGCCAUCGAGUCUGUGAAGCUGUCGGAAGGGGUGGGCUUUGCCACUGUGCCGCUGCAGGUGCGCAUCAUCGAACCUGCCACGGGCAUCCGCUGCUGCGCCCGUGGUGGACUCCAGAGCUGCACCGACCUGGUGCCGGCAACUCCAUCCCAGCUGUCCUACCCAGGAACCUAUAGCUUUCCCCUGGUUCAUGCCGACCCGUUGGCGCUGGAUGGGGUCCUCCUGAACCUCUCCUGCGCUGCGUUGGGGGAGAGCGGACCCUGCGCGCAGAACGGCACACUGCCAGGACUGGCCUCCUUCCCCUGCCGCAGUUUUGGGCCGUCGCUGCAGCUGUCUGCGCCCCCCAUGGACUGGCGCGGCAGCUGGCGCCGGCCCGUGGGGGGGGCCCUGGGUACCGAGCCUAUGGCGCUGCACGGGGGCCUGAGCGUGCAGAUGCGCCUCGACUUCGGAGUUCGAGCGGCCAUGUUCCGGUACAGAUCGGUACAGAAAGCUGUCCUGGCAGGCGCCACAUGCAGCGAGCCGAACGCUCCAGGCAUUGCUGGCCUGCCGUGCAAAGGUUCGGAGUGUACCGACUUGGACUUCGCCCGGGGCACUGUCCCAGGAGACUUCGAGCUGUGCAUUUGCGAGAGCGUGGCCGUGCCGAUGUCCCAGAUCUGCCAGGGCUGGCACCAUUUGGGCGCCUUGGAAGUCUUUGGGCCCUUACCGCUGAACAGCACGGUGCACGGCUCCGCGGGCGAGCUCACUGAGAUUCAGCUGGGCGGCAGAGGCUUUGGCACAGACAGCCUCGUGUCCGUGCCGUUGGACUCUGGGAGCUUCGACUCUGCUACCGCCUGCAUCGGCGACGGCCGCCUGCUGCCCGUGAAGAGUACGGUGCACAGCCCCUCUGAGCUGAGCAGCUCGCUGCUGAAGUUCGAGGUUUUGCUGGCCGAAGGCCUUCACGCCCUAUGUUGGCUGCCGGAGGGCAGCGGGAUGCUUCCUCACUACCUUGGAUACGCGGAGAUCUUUGGUGAGAGGACAGUCGUUGAUGGCUGUGUGGUUGGCCCAUGGCAACUGCUGAUACCUUGCUCCGCGGCCUGCGGGGCGGGCAAGGAGGUGUGGCGGCGCCGUGUAAUCGGCGUGGCGGACCCCAGUGCGACGUGCUCGGAUAUUGAGGAGGAGCGGUUUUGCAAAGAACCUGCUUGUGAUGCGCAAGUGCAUGAUUGGCGCACGAAUCCGGAACGGCCCAUGCCCGUUGAGCCCUUUGAGCUGCAGCUAACCGGAGCAAACCUGACGACCAAUGAUCUUCAUGGCGUCCUGGUUAUCCCAGGCGAUGCUACUUUCACAGCACCCGCCUCGCAAGGUCUUUGCCACCACGGUGCCAAAGCGGUGGCGCAUGCCCGCUGCUCAGCCCUGGCCGACGGGGGGAAGGUGUGCGGCUUCCACGGGGUAGCCGCGGGCAGCUACGAGCUCUGCCUUUGCUAUACGGAGGGGCCUUGGUGCAACGCUUUUCUGCCGCCUUUGGGCACCUUGGAGAUCGGCUGGCAGGAUGCCGCGGCAGAAUCCGCCAGCGUGGCGGCGGCAGUUGGCAUCACCAUCUCCGUGCUGCUGCUCUUGUGCAUCGUUCCUUUGGUCGCUUGCCCUGGGCUGCGAAGAAAGCUUUGGAAGCGUUUGAGGAGAAGGCUCGGCUUCAGCGACUCAAAAAUCUCGGCGGUGCCAGCUAUGAAGGAGGAGGCGGUCGAGAAAGAAGAAGACGCGCAGGAGGAGGAUCCGCCACGACUUGUGAGCAAGAUGCAGCCUGAAGAAGAGCCGCCAGAAGAUGCCCCGCUGCCUCCAGAGGUGCCUGAGGACAAGCCGCCGGGCAUUUUGGACACUGAAGAUGACACUGAAGCUACGUCGCCUGUGGAUCCUUCCAGCAAAUCGCGGAAGGAGCGUCGGAGGGAGCGGAGGGAAGAGAAGCGAAAGGCAAAGGAAGAGAAGCGAAGAGCCCUGUCACCACCAGCGGUGCCACCGCCCCCUGGGCGGUCUCCGCCGGGCACGCUGCCAGCUUUGCCAUUUCACCCUUCUUUCUGCAGUGACAAAAGCCAAGCACUGGAGGCGAUUGCCAAGGCCACUGCAGUCUUGCAAGCCAGCACUCUUCCGCAGGAUGGCAAGGAGAAGGAAGGGCUCAGCGCCUAUGGCCGCAGCAUGAAGAAGCUGAGUGCGGCGAUGCUGGGCACCGACGCGGAAGCUUUGGACGCGGCACUGCGCGAGGCCGAGGCCGCUGGGGUGGGCCAAGAGCUGCUUCAGAGGGCAAGGCAGAGGUGGAAGGAGCUGGGUGAAAAGGAGCGAGAAGAGAAGGACCAAGAACAAGAGACCAUGAAAAAAGCAGCAGACGACUUGCUCCAAGCGGUGCAUGAGACGGACAUUGAUAGCUUGCAACAAAAGCUGGCCGCUGCAGAAGCAGCCUCGGUUGCUCCGGAGUUGCUUGAGCAGGGCCGGCGCAGACUCAGUCAGCUACUUGAGCAGCUGAAGGCCGAACAGAAGCGCAAAGAGGCAGAAGAGGCUUUGCUGGCAGCGAUGGCGGCAGAGAUCAUCGGACCCUUGGAGAUGGCCGUUGCCAGGGCAGAAGCAGCUGACGUGAACCACGAGGUCCUUUCCAGCGCUCGCGACCUCUUGCAGAGGCUGAUAGCAAAGGAAGAAGCAGCACAAGCGGCCCAGGAAGCUGCGGAGCGAGCAGCGCAGGCGCUCCGUUUGGCAAUGGAGGGUAGCAAUGUGGAGGACCUAAAGCACACGUUGGCCGCUGCAGAAGCAGCCUCGGUUCCUGGGGACUUGCUUGAGCAGGGCCGACGCAGACUCAGUCAGCUACUUGAGCAGCUGAAGGCCGAACAGAAGCGCAAAGAGGCAGAAGAGGCUUUGCAGGCAGCGAUGGUGGCAGAGACCGUCGGACCCCUGGAGAUGGCCAUUGCCAGGGCAGAAGCAGCUGACGUAAAUCGCGAGGUCCUUUCCAGCGCUCGCGACCUCUUGCAGAGGCUGAUAGCAAAGGAAGAAGCAGCACAAGCGGCCCAGGAAGCUGCGGAGCGAGCAGCGCAGGCGCUCCGUUUGGCAAUGGAGCGCAGCAAUGUGGAGGACCUACAGCACGCGUUGGCCGCUGCAGAAGCAGCCUCGGUUCCUGGGGACUUGCUUGAGCAGGGCCGAUUCAGACUCAGUCAGCUACUUGAGCAGCUGAAGGCCGAACAAAAGCGCAAAGAGGCAGAAGAGGCUUUGCAGGCAGCGAUGGCGGCAGAGACCGUCGGACCCCUGGAGAUGGCCAUUGCCAGGGCAGAAGCAGCUGACGUAAACCACGAGGUCCUUUCCAGCGCUCGCGACCUCUUGCAGAGGCUGAUAGCAAAGGAAGAAGCAGCACAAGCGGCCCAGGAAGCUGCGGAGCGAGCAGCGCAGGCGCUCCGUUUGGCAAUGGAGCGCAGCAAUGUGGAGGACCUAAAGCACGCGUUGGCCGCUGCAGAAGCAGCCUCGGUUCCUGGGGACUUGCUUGAGCAGGGCCGAUGCAGACUCAGUCAGCUACUUGAGCAGCUGAAGGCCGAACAGAAGCGCAAAGCGGCAGAAGAGGCUUUGCAGGCAGCAAUGGCGGCAGAGACCGUCGGACCCCUGGAGAUGGCCAUUGCCAGGGCAGAAGCAGCUGACGUAAAUCGCGAGGUCCUUUCCAGCGCUCGCGACCUCUUGCAGAGGCUGAUAGCAAAGGAAGAAGCAGCACAAGCGGCCCAGGAAGCUGCGGAGCGAGCAGCGCAGGCGCUCCGUUUGGCAAUGGAGCGCAGCAAUGUGGAGGACCUAAAGCACGCGUUGGCCGCUGCAGAAGCAGCCUCGGUUCCUGGGGACUUGCUUGAGCAGGGCCGAUGCAGACUCAGUCAGCUACUUGAGCAGCUGAAGGCCGACCAGAAGCGCAAAGCGGCAGAAGAGGCUUUGCAGGCAGCAAUGGCGGCAGAGACCGUCGGACCCCUGGAGAUGGCCAUUGCCAGGGCAGAAGCAGCUGACGUAAAUCGCGAGGUCCUUUCCAGCGCUCGCGACCUCUUGCAGAGGCUGAUAGCAAGGGAAGAAGCAGCACAAGCGGCCCAGGAAGCUGCGGAGCGAGCAGCGCAGGCGCUCCGUUUGGCAAUGGAGCGCAGCAAUGUGGAGGACCUAAAGCACGCGUUGGCCGCUGCAGAAGCAGCCUCGGUUCCUGGGGACUUGCUUGAGCAGGGCCGAUGCAGACUCAGUCAGCUACUUGAGCAGCUGAAGGCCGAACAGAAGUGCAAAGAGGCAGAAGAGGCUUUGCAGGCAGCGAUGGCGGCAGAGACCAUCGGACCCCUGGAGAUGGCCAUUGCCAGGGCAGAAGCAGCUGACGUAAACCACGAGGUCCUUUCGAAGGCGUGUGACCUGCUGCAGAGCCUGCAAGCGAGGGAAGAGGCCGUGCAGGCGCUCCGAUUGGCAAUGGAGGGCGGCAACAUGGAGGACCUACAGCACGCAUUGGCCGCUGCAGAAGCAGCCUCGGUUGCUCCGGACUUGCUUGAGCAGGGUCGGCGCAGACUCAGUCAGCUACUUGAGCAGCUGAAGGCCGAACAGAAGCGCAAAGCGGCAGAAGAGGCCUUGCAGGCAGCGAUGGCGGCAGAGAUCAUCGGACCCUUGGAGAUGGCCGUUGCCAGGGCAGAAGCAGCUGACGUAAAGCCUGAAGUCGUUGCUGCAGCAGAACAACUUUUGUGGCAACUGCAAGAGAAGGAGGAAUCUGCAAAAGCUUCGCUUCUGGCGGUAAAUGAGCUUCUCGCCUGCAUGAAGCAGAACGACCUGGAGGCACUGCGCGCGGCGCUGGGCGCGGCACGCCGGGCGAAGGUGGGCUGGGAGCUGCUGCAGCAAGGGGAGCAACGGCUUGGCGCGAUGCAGGCCGCCAAAGAAGCGGAGGAGCGAUCGGAGGAGGCCACCGAGGCGCUGGUGGCGGCCAUGGCCGGGGAGGACGUGGAGAAGCUGAAGGACGCCAUCGCGGCUGGGCGCCUGGCGCGGGUCGACGAGGCGCUGCUGCAGGACGCGGAGAGCUCGCUGCCGGAGCUGCGCCGUGGCCGGCGCCGUGAGAACCACGAAGCAGAGCUCAUGGAGGCCAUCGCCUGCGGUGACAUUUGGGCACUGCGGGAGGCCAUGGCGCUGCCUUGCCACAACCAGGACCUGCUGGGCCAGGCCCAGGCCGCCCUGGCGUUGGCGGAGGCGCGCCAGGGCUUGGCGCAGGCCAUGCACGAGGCGCGGGACGCGCGGGACGCGCCAGCGCUGCAAGGGGCGUUGAAGGCGGCGGAGAGAGCAGGUGUUGAAGCAGACUUGCUGCACAUGGCCAACGAGAGAUUGCACGCGCUUGCUCGCGAUAUUCACGAUGCGGAUGAUCGACCCAGAAGGCCUUCCUUGGGGCCAGCUGAAAGGAUGGCAAACAUGCUGUCGCGAAGCAGCGAGAAUGACUUGGCCUUUUCCAUGUCUCAGCACAAGGAGAAGAUGCCACUGGGCCCUGGCGGCAAGUCGGAGAAGAAGUCUACGCCAUUCCGACCAUCACUGAUGGGGUGACUUGGAAGAGAUGUGACGGCAGGGCUUCAGGCUUCCAACAGGUAUGAUACAUGUCUUUGAGGGUCAACACUGUCGCUUCCAGCACCUUUUCACUGUCCAGUUGGGUAUCCACGCGUGGUUUUCUGGUCUUGAGGCAGACCUUGAUUGACGGCGGCACGCUGAUGCUUUGGAAGUCCGGCAGCGGCACUGGCCCCGCCCCCGCCCCUCCGACCCCUCCGGCCCCGCCCGCGGCCUCGUCCACGGAGCGGCCCACCUCCGCGGCGCGGCCAUCCUCAGCGGCGAGGCGCCUGGAGCGGCCCACCUCGGCAGCGGCGCGGCCGGCCUCGCGCCCGCGCUCCGCGAAGCCGGUGUGGUGAAGGCCAAACAGAGAGCCUCAGUUUUGGUCCUGGGUCUUGCCCACAUGGGUCUACGGUUUCGCGAACUUGGCGCCUUGUUACAGACCUGCCAAAUUGUUGUGUUGUGCUGGCCAUGCCUUGCGAGCCUUUCUGCGGCCUUGCAUGACAUGCUGGCCACUGUCCAUCCCUGGCUGGCAGGAACACCAACGUCGAGCGCGGACAUCCUCAUGGGGCAUCGAACAAAGUAAGCGUGACAUUCCAAGCAAGUGCUGAAAACUUGGAGUUUGCCUGAGUUUCACAAAGUGAAACCAACCACCUGCUUCACACAUUUUGCUUACGCACUUGAGCGCGUAGCAGCAGCUCGGUGAGUAAGAGUUGUCCAAGUGACGGUU